AAUACCCCCCGAAUCCUAAAUCUAGAGCUCCAAGAAUGCUGGUCAUUAAGAAAGGUAAUACAAAAGACUUACAGCUAUCUGGAUUCCCAGUAGCAGGAAACCUUCAGACACAGCCAGUUAAGAAUGGAACUGGUCCCAGUGUUUAUAAAGGCUUAAUCCCCAAACCUGCUGUUCCACCUACAAAACCUACACAAUGGAAAAGCCAAACUAAAGAAAACAAAGUUGGGACUUCUUUUCCUCAUGAGUCUACAUAUGGUGUUGGCAACUUUAAUACCUUUAAGUCAACAGCCAAGAGUAUUAGUCCAUCAACAAAUUCAGUGAAGGAGUGUAAUCGUUCAAAUUCUUCCUCGCCUGUUGACAAACUUAAUCAGCAGCCUCGUUUAACUAAACUGACGAGAAUGCGCAGUGAUAAGAAGAGUGAAUUUUUAAAAGCAUUGAAAAGGGACAGAGUAGAAGAAGAACAUGAAGAUGAAAGCCAUGCUGGCUCAGAGAAGGACGACGACUCAUUUAAUUUGCAUAACAGCAAUAGUACUCACCAAGAAAGAGAUAUAAACAGAAACUUUGAUGAAAAUGAAAUUCCACAAGAGAACGGCAAUGCUUCGGUGAUUUCUCAACAGAUUAUUCGAUCGUCAACCUUUCCACAAACUGAUGUUCUUUCCAGUUCACUAGAGGCAGAACACAGACUAUUAAAGGAGAUGGGCUGGCAGGAAGACAGUGAAAAUGAUGAAACAUGUGCUCCCUUAACUGAGGAUGAAAUGAGAGAAUUCCAAGUUAUUAGUGAACAGUUACAGAAGAAUGGGCUGAGGAAAAAUGGUAUUUUGAAAAAUGGCCUGAUCUGUGACUUCAAGUUUGGACCUUGGAAAAACAGCACUUUCAAACCCACAAUUGAGAAUGAUGACACAGAGACAAGUAGCAGUGACACAUCAGAUGACGACGAUGUGUGAAGGAUUUCCUAACAGCUUUAGAAAUUUUAGUGUGAUACAUCUCUCAUGCAGUUUGGGGUGAAUUGUAAAAAUGAAGAACUAUAAUUUAUGUAGUGAACUACCCCAUUAGAAGAUGAUUUUAUUGGGGGACUUCAAUAUGAAGAAAACCAAGAAUGUUGUGUUGGGCUGUGUUGAACAUUAUUUCUUUGUAAAUGAAUGUUGUAGAAAUGAGGACUUUGGUUGAUCCAACAUUGACUUUCUUCAUCACUGCAGCAUUUCUCUGACUAGCAAUGUGACGAUGUAACAAAUGAGAUUUUCUCAUUUAAUAAUAAAAAAUUGUGUAAUGUUUUGCAAAGCUUCUGUCUUAAAAUGUUCAGGUCUUAAGGUAAAAGGCAGCUUACAGUUUUGCUUGCAGAGUCAUAUCUUCUUUGAACAGUGGAAAUCUUCAACUCUACUUUGUGCACCUCCUCACCCCACUUCCCCCUAAAACAAAACAAAACAGCAAAAAGGAAAAUGUAGUAGCAUGUUGGCUAAAACUGGAGCAAAGUGCACUAAAACAUUAACUUCUUGAACUCAAGUCUUGUAUUAAGUCACUUAUCAGAACAAAUGCUCUUUAUCCCUUCCUAGUGCAGUGGAUGUGAGAGAGGAGACUUGCCAGGUGUUGUCCCAAGCUUCAGGAGUUGCUUGUCAGGAGCUUUAUUUGGUGUAUUGUCAGAUCAGGGUUUUCAGAGCUGAUUGGAAGAGAUGUAGGAAAACUUAUUUUGAUAAAUUAUUACACAUUCAGAAAACCUGAUCACCCUGACUGGAUCUGUCCAUGACAUGGAAAAUAAACUGGAUUUUCAGAA